UAAAAAAAUUUCUUGUAGUUACAGAUUAAAAAUUAACAAAAAACUAAUUUUUACAGCUCUGAUAUUGAGAAAACUUCAAGUUUUACUUCAAGUUGCGAACUAUCAAAAUGUUAAAAAUAUAUUAAUUUAAUUCGUAACUUUGAGAACUUAUAUAGAUAUAAAUUAAUACAAAAAAAAUUGAAAAAAUUCCGCAUCAUAUUCAGCAUUGCGAAUUAUUUUACAGAAAAGAAAUCAAGUAUUUAGAAAUCGGACAUCUGCUCUGAUCUAAAAAUAGUGAAGACAUUGUGAAAUCGCGAAUAGUACUUAAGAAAUCCUGAUCAUUGUUACAUCGAUGUUGUGCCACUGCCUCGACGAUUUUCUUCCACGAAACUAUUUCCAUGUCUAAUCGAAGUCAUUAAUGAUUGAUUUGUUUUUUGUUUUUUUUUUGUGAAAUUGAUAUAUCUUAUGGAAAAAAAAAUUAUUUUUGUAGAAUUUUCGAAUUCGCAACACGCACAUAAUAUAUUGAGAAUUGAUCGUCAGGAAUUAUUAAAAGAAAUAUUAAGAAUUUGUUGACUAUUUUAACCUUGAUAUUACAAAUCUCGACUAGAUAUUACAAAUUGUUUUAUUGUUAGAAAAUUGAUAGUUUUUAAAUAAUUGACACAUUCAAGAAAGGCUAAAUUCAUUUGAUUAUAAAACAAAUCUUGCGAAUGUAUUUUGAAGAUAAGCAUGAACAGUCUUGCGAAAUUGGCUGCGACCUUUUUGUUUAAUUUUUAAUUUAGUAACUAAAAGCGGAUGAUUAUUCCCGCGAUAUACGUCGUCUAUAAAUAGGUGCGAAAAAACUAUGUGCAUGAGAAAAAAGCGGAAUGAGAGAGGAAGAAAGAGAAAAAGAAAGGAUGUGAAAGAGAAAAAGUUUGAAAAAAAAAGAAAGUGUGGGAAGAUAAGGUGUUUUAAGUAACUGUGAUUUUUUUGCAAAUGUUUUAUAUAUAUAUUAUAUAUAUGUAUGUUAUAUACAUAAAUAUGAAUUAAUUUCUACAUAUAAUAUAAACGAUGUUUCGAUGUCGCUGUGUUUAUACGGACUAGGCUAACAUAUCGUUAACGAAAAUAAUGACGAUUAUUAUUAUGAACGAUGAUUAUGAUUAUGAUUAUUAUUCCUUAUUAUUGUUAUUGAGCUCGAGAGUGUUGCUGAUUGCUUGCUGUAAGUAUACGAGGAUGGAUCGUACCGUCUAUUAGCGUAUUUCUACCACCUCAUUAAACAAAUUGAAACGAAAAUGUUAAUUUAUUUUACAAAGGAAAAAUUUGGUGCAUUUCAUUUUUUUUACGAAAAAGAUUUUUUUUUUUGUUUAUUAAAAAACUUUGUUAUUCGUACUUACGAGGCACCAUUUUAUUUCGCGUCAAUCGCUUUUGUUAUUUAAUUUUUUUCUCUUUUUCAAUAUUUUAUGUUAAAUAAGUAUUUAUGCGCAGCAGAGAAGGCACUCGUACGUCAUUGUUUCGCCAUAAAUCACCUUUUCUCCGUAAAUGAAUUAUUAAAAAAUAUAAUUUUUUUUAUUAUUAUACAUUAUUGGGAAACAUGAUAUUCGCGAUAACAUUUUAAUAAAACUAAUUAACUAACAAUCUUUUAAUUUAUAUUCUUCUGAUUUUACAUCUCAAAGAACAUUUUAUAACGAAUCAAAUUUUUUUGAGAAAUUAUUACAUAUUUAGUGAGAUAUUUGUGAGUUUCGACGUUAUCUCUGGAGAAAUAAUAUUUGCGGCGAAUUAAUUCCGCUAUACGAAUGCUAUUUUUACGCAUAAUGUGUGUUGAUUUAGGAACUACAAAACAUUAAUUUACAAGAUAUUAAUGUUGCAAUUUGUCGAAAUUUUCAGGUAGGCAAAUGAUUUGAAUAAAUCGGCAUAUCUACCUCAAACUUUCUCUUCAUUCUUAACUUCCCUUAAAUAAUCCUUUUCGCACGCAAUCUAAUAACACUCUUUAACACUCUUAAGUAUGCAAAUUCAGAAUGUCGACGUUAUAAACUUCUACAUAAUCAUAUUAAUUAGAUGUAGUAAUUCGUCACAUUAAUUAAUUGAACUAAAUCGAAAUUCACGAUGAUUUGUGCGAAGAGAGAUGUGAAGGAAAAGGAGUAUCGUGCCUAUAGAUUACAUUUGAUUUUCAGAAUCACCCCCACCCAAAUUGAAAAUCAGGGUUGCUUCCCCUUCCGAGUUGCAAGUACACGCGCGCGCGUUACUGAUAAGCCGGCUUCCUUUGAUUUUCUGGAGUAGGACCGGCGUGCCGCUGCACCGGCCAGAAAACCUCGCGUGCGCCGCACCCUUGUGUCGUUGGCGUCGCGACGCUUUGCAACGCGACGAAACGCAAGGAUGCAUCGUCGCAGGUGUGCGAGUUUUCAGACGAAUUAUGAUACACGUGUCGUCCGAAAGCGCGUACAGAUAUGAUCGGGUGAAACGCAAAGGAACGGCUUUCUUAACGAAUCUGUUUAAAUCGAAAAAACUGGCGGUAGGGAUGAAGAUUAACGAAGACGAAGAGAUGGAACGAACGCCCAGGGUGGAGACUCCUGCAAUUAUUACCAAUGCUUAUCGUCGAAACGGCUCGGAGAAUGACAGCACGAUGUCGCGAAUUCCGUCAACCUUGAGUGUGACAGCAGUGGACGUCGUUGUCUCCUGUCAGCCGUCACCCUCGCACUCAAUUCUGACCCUGACACCCGGUAGAACGCGUAACAUUGAUCAGGACAUGGAGGCACUCAGGCUGAGUCGUCAGGACAAUCCCUUUCUACAGGUAUUAGCAAGCCGAGAGAGCCUCGUGGAAUCGAUCGAGGAGUCCGAGUCCGACGAUGCAAUUCUAAUGUCGCAGGAAUACGGUGACGCGGAUCCGCUAACACUAGCACAGGUACAUGAGCACCUGGUACGCAGUCCACCCCCGGCUUCAUGGCCCAAUUCCACGGCCUUCCAGUUUCCCAAUCAGGAUGAAAGUACCACCCCAGGCAAGAAUGAUGCGACACUUCUAGUCAAGAGCCCGUCAAAGACACCCUCGCAUCGUGGUAACGACCAUGAGCUCUCUAGAAGCGAGACGACGACUGAUAUUAGAGAUCGGCAUUCUCAUCCCUUCUCGUUAUUACACCCGACACCGAUUCGUUCUUUGUCGGAAGUUCGACGACUUCGAUCGGCCGACGACAGCGUGCAGCUUAUGUCGAACGAAUAAACUGUACAAGGAUACUGGAUCCUAAUUGGAUUUCUGUCGACUGAAAAAUAUCGGUUCCUCGAAUAUUCUUCGAGAACUGCGAUUGCUGACAAAUUGAAGAAAAUUUCGUUCGUGUAAACGAAAUUUAUGAUCAAUUCUAAAUAAGGUUUGUCCUAAUUAAGAAGAUGGAUACAAGAAAAAUGAAGAAUCAAGAUUCUUACGUAUGUAUCCAUUAGUUGAUCAGAUUGAAGCUAUGAUGCGUUUGAGGUGGAUGUGAUAAAAAAUUACAGAGCGAGUAAUGAUACGAUUAAUCGUACAGUGAUUAAUAAUUUUUAUUGAGAAAGUAAUUAUUGAAAAAGAAGGCGCAUGUUGGA